ACCAUUUCCGGAAGCGGCCGAUCUGUGGGGUCCUGCUCUCCGACCUGAGCCGAGCGCCGGGCCUUGUUCUCCGGAUCCGCCGAAGGUGUUCCGGAAGGAGGCGAGGCGGGCAGGGCAAACCUUACCCGCGGCCGGCAGAGCCCAACGUCUGGUGGGACUCGGCGAGGGCGGGGGAAACCGGAGCCUGGCUCGGGUCCGGCAGGAACGAGCUCAUUCCGGAAGAAGCCGAGAGGACCGGCGCCGGCCUCGGCGUCCCGGGCGUGAGGCGAUAGCAGCAGCAGCGACAGCGCGGGCCAGAAUGAACCGCGACGGCUGAGGCAGCGGAGCUGCUGGCUACGCAGACCCCACCGAGAUUCCCGCGAAGCGCCAUCCCCGCGCUGCUGGCUUCGCCUCGAUCCGAGCCCUGCCCCCGCGAGCCUCCCGGACCCCUUUGUGCGGCCGGAGGCGGCGGCGGGAACGGCCAUGGCGGCCAAUAUGUACCGGGUGGGGGAUUACGUCUAUUUUGAGAACUCCUCCAGCAAUCCUUACCUGGUUAGACGGAUUGAGGAGCUCAACAAGACUGCAAAUGGAAAUGUGGAAGCAAAGGUUGUUUGUCUCUUUCGGCGAAGGGACAUUUCCAGUAGCCUCAACAGCCUGGCUGAUAGUAAUGCCAGGGAGUUUGAGGAGGAAUCAAAACAGCCAGGGGUAUCGGAGCAGCAGAGACAUCAGUUGAAACACAGGGAACUUUUUCUUUCUCGGCAAUUUGAAUCAUUACCAGCCACCCACAUAAGGGGGAAAUGCAGUGUGACCCUCUUGAAUGAGACAGAUAUUUUGAGCCAGUACCUGGAAAAGGAGGACUGCUUUUUUUAUUCACUGGUGUUUGACCCUGUGCAGAAGACACUUCUAGCUGAUCAAGGGGAGAUCAGAGUUGGUUGUAAAUACCAAGCUGAGAUCCCAGAUCGUCUGGCAGAGGGAGAAUUGGAUAAUCGGAACCAACAGAAGAUGGAGAUGAAGGUCUGGGACCCAGACAAUCCUCUCACAGACCGGCAGAUUGAUCAAUUUCUCGUGGUGGCCCGAGCUGUGGGGACCUUUGCAAGAGCCCUAGAUUGCAGCAGCUCCAUUCGGCAGCCAAGCCUGCACAUGAGUGCAGCUGCCGCUUCCCGAGACAUCACUCUGUUUCACGCCAUGGACACAUUGCAAAGGAAUGGCUAUGACUUAGCUAAAGCCAUGUCGACCCUGGUGCCCCAGGGGGGCCCAGUGCUGUGUCGGGAUGAGAUGGAGGAAUGGUCUGCCUCUGAGGCUAUGCUCUUUGAGGAGGCCCUAGAGAAGUAUGGGAAGGAUUUCAAUGACAUUCGCCAGGAUUUUUUACCCUGGAAGUCACUUGCCAGCAUAGUUCAGUUUUAUUACAUGUGGAAAACCACAGACCGGUAUAUUCAGCAGAAAAGAUUGAAAGCUGCUGAAGCAGAUAGCAAACUGAAACAGGUCUACAUCCCUACCUACACUAAACCAAACCCUAACCAGAUCAUUUCUGUGGGUUCAAAGCCUGGAUUGAAUGGGGCUGGAUUCCAGAAGGGCCUGACUUGUGAGAGCUGCCACACCACACAGUCUGCCCAGUGGUAUGCCUGGGGCCCACCCAACAUGCAGUGCCGCCUUUGUGCUUCCUGUUGGAUCUACUGGAAGAAAUAUGGGGGACUGAAGACCCCAACCCAGCUUGAGGGAGCUGCUCGGGGCACCACAGAGCCACACUCGAGGGGACAUUUAUCCAGACCUGAAGCCCAAAGUCUCUCCCCCUAUACUACCAGCGCCAACCGGGCCAAGCUGCUGGCCAAGAACAGGCAGACUUUCCUGCUCCAGACCACGAAGCUGACCCGUCUUGCCAGACGAAUGUGCAGGGACCUGUUACAGCCAAGGAGGGCUGCCCGACGACCCUAUGCCCCUAUCAAUGCCAAUGCCAUCAAGGCAGAGUGCUCCAUUCGACUUCCUAAGGCUGCCAAGACUCCACUGAAAAUUCACCCUUUGGUGCGGCUGCCCCUGGCAACGAUCGUCAAAGAUCUGGUGGCCCAGGCACCUCUGAAACCAAAAACACCUCGGGGCACCAAGACACCAAUCAACAGAAACCAGCUGACCCAAAACCGGGGCUUGGGAGGAAUUAUGGUGAAACGGGCCUAUGAGACUAUGGCAGGGGCAGGGGUCCCCUUCUCUGCCAAUGGAAGGCCUCUGGCCUCAGGGAUUCGUUCAAGCUCACAGCCAGCAGCUAAACGUCAGAAACUAAACCCAGCUGAUGCUCCCAAUCCUGUGGUGUUUGUGGCCACAAAAGAUACCAGGUAGGGAUUCCAUAAUGAGAGGGGCUGAGAGGUUGAGUACCCAGUUUGUUGGGUAUGGGAAAUAGGAGUUUCUGAGCAAGACUAGCUCCAGGAAGACUAGAUGGAAAAAAAGAGAAAAAGACAA